AUGGAACUUCUUAAAGCGAAUAAUAUGCAUGAUUGCAAAGGAGUGCAAACCCCAUUUGCUAAAGAUACAGUGUUGGAAAAAUGCUGUAUUGAAAACUGUACAGGUGCAGAUAUUAAAAGAUAUCAAUCACUAAUUGGGAGCUUGAAUUAUUUAGCCGUAGUAUCAAGACCAGAUAUUGCUCAUACAGUGUCUAAAUUGGCGCAGUUCAGUACACAUCCCCACCAAGAGCACUUUAUAGCUGCAAAACGAGUACUCAAAUAUCUGCGAGCAAAUCCUAAGGGUAUGUUAACUUAUAAACCUAAUAGUCAGGGAUUAGUUUGUUUUUCAGAUGCCGAUUGGGCUGCAGAUACUACUGAUCGUCGUUCUUAUGGCGGAUUUGCAAUUUUUCUCGGUGAAAAUCUCAUAGCAUGGGAAUCGAGAAAACAAAGUGUGGUUGCACUUAGCACCAUGGAGGCAGAAUAUAUAGCUAUGUGUUUGGGAGUUAAAGAGGUGUGUUUCAUCAGAAGUCUAUUGCGAGAAAUUGGUUUUAAAAAUUCAGUAAACGAAGUAACAACAAUAUUCAGUGAUAAUUAA